GCAUUUGAUACAAUUAAUAUGUAUGUUUGCUGCAGAAUAACCAUAUGUAGGCCUAUACAAAAUGUUUUAUAAAGUACCUUAAGCCUUUGAUCUCCAUUUGUUGAUGUAUUUUUCCCCAAGAGCACUACAUACAUAUUUGUUGAAAAAAAAUCUAAUUGUUGACAAGUUAAGUCAUAUUUUCAAACUGUAAGUUUAAGCAAACUAAUGUAAACCUAUUGCCUCGCGGCAUUACAGGCUGUUGUGUGGAUGUGCGCAUGUGUGCUCGUAUAGUAUCUGUACGGACAUGACGAGCACAGCACAGACUCAAGUCUAGUGAACUAAAGUUUGAUAGACAGAGAAACGGGAGAAACAUAAAUGAUCAAGCACGUUUUCUUAACAGGACCUCCGGGUGUUGGGAAGACCACACUGCUCCAGAAGGCUUGUGAGGCCUUGCUGUCUUCAGGCGUGGCGGCAGAAGGCUUCUACACGGAGGAGGUCCGGGAAUCAGGGAGACGAGUUGGCUUUGAUGUAGUCACCCUGGAUGGGAAGAGAGGACACCUGUCUAGAGUCAGGGGCUCUGCUGGUGCUUCUCGAGGCAGACGGGAACACGUUGUCGGGCAGUACGUGGUUGAUCUUUCAUCAUUUGAAAGCUUGGCUCUCCCUCUCUUCAAAAAUGUUGUUCCUGCUGGAGGAGACCGGGGAAAGGUGUUUGUUAUUGAUGAGAUUGGGAAGAUGGAGCUGUUCAGCCAGUCGUUUGUCAGGGCGGUGAGACAGGCCCUGGACAGCUGCUCCAUCCUGGGCAGCAUCCCCCUCCCCAAGGACAAACCUCUGGGCCUGGUGGAGGAGGUGAGGGCCAGGGGAGACGUCAAGGUCUUCACUGUGUCCAAGGAGAACCGAGAUGUCAUCUUACAGGACAUAGUGUCUGCAGUACGAGACAGUCUGAAACAAACUGCCUAGGAGUUAAAACACCAGCCUGGAUCAAGUCUGACCAGCCAAGAUGCAGAAGCAUCCAUCAAGUCUUGGAGAUAAGCUGAUCUCCUGCUGGGAUAAACGCAGCCUGUUAAUCUUGUGAAGCUUCAACUUUCAACUCUUCAGAUUCUCUUCGCCCCAGUGUGCUGUUCGUCCAGCCAGUCAGACAUUAAUGGAAGAUUUGCACGCUUCUUACAACAUGUGAGGCAACCUGGAGUGCUUCAUUUCACAUGGAGGAUUUAGUGCAGUGUGUCAUAUGCAUACAUUUAUGUAAGCAAUCAAGCUUUUCCUUUUCUCAAACUGGAUUGCAUGAUGAAUAAUGGAUGGUGAGUGUGUAGCAGAGGACCAGGAGGGCAGAUGCACCUCCAGGACUCAGAGGAGCUGGGACGGAUUGUUGUGGCCCUUCAUCUCACAUGAAGUUUCCUCCAGAACGACAGAGGCGUUGUGUGUGGAGGUCUGUGGUCGACUGUAAGGCCCUUCAUCACAGCCCUCACUGGUCACUGUAAGGCCCUUCAUCACAGCCCUCACUGGUCGACUGUAAGGCCCUUCAUCCCAGCCCUCACUGGUCGACUGUAAGGCCCUUCAUCACAGCCCUCACUGGUCGACUGUAAGGCCCUUCAUCCCAGCCCUCACUGGUCGACUGUAAGGCCCUUCAUCACAGCCCUUACAGCCCUCACUGGUCGACUGUAAGGCCCUUCAUCACAGCCCUUACAGCCCUCACUGGUCGACUGUAAGGCCCUUCAUCACAGCCCUUACAGCCCUCACUGGUCGACUGUAAGGCCCUUCAUCACAGCCCUCACGCCAGCAGGCUGUCAGCUUGUCUUCUGGAACUCAGAAGUGCUCAUGCAACAGCAAGAAGAAUAAAUAUUUGAAAAGACAGUAUUCCAUGUGUUUUAUUCAUGACUUAAUGAAGAAGGACACAUGCAUUGGGGAAAUCAAUUACAGAAAAUUACCCAUCUUGGGCAGUAUAGUGAAGGCAAAUUAAUCCAGACUGUACUGUAAUAACCAUAUUUGAAGGUUUUACUCAAUGAUUUUCCUAAAUUACUGGGUUUGGGCCUUAUUUAUUUUUGAAAGGAUAGUAAACAUUGUAGUAAGUAGUAACGGAUGUGGGAAAGUCUUGAUGUUUUCAGUGUUUGAAUCAGAUACUCAGCAACGGGACACUGAGGAAACAGUGUUUUGUUGUUUAUUCAUCAUAUAUUCAUAUUUUACACUCUGAUGUCAGAGGUUGUGUGGAAACAACAGGAAAAGAUUACUAGUUAUGUAAAAUAACAGUAAAUAAAGGAGAAAUAAGCUC